AUGUACCUUCCCGCGAUCUUGCUAGGAACGUUAGCCAUAAUCAGCAGUGCAAAUGGUGGACUGAAGGAACUGUUCAGCAAAGAAGCUGACAACAACAUUGGCCAACUGAUGGAUACGAUGGCUUUGCUUUGGUUCAACAACUUCAAGUUUAAUGCGAUUCGCAAAAUUAUAGCUCCCGUCGAAACGUUGGUGCUGUUCUUCUGUGGUCAUAGCGAUUCAACGACGCUGCAGGAAACAAGAUGGAAAGAUCCGGGAAUUGACUCCAAGUUAAACCUGUCGAAACCCGUAACGUUCGUGAUCCACGGUUGGACGGAUGACGCCAAAAAGCUGUGGGUUCAGGAAAUGGCGCAGAGUGUCAUCAGCGAAAUGGACACCAACGUGGUCGUCGUUCAGUGGGAAAGGCUAGCGGCUUAUCAGUACGAGCAGGCUGCGAAAGACAAUACGCUGCUGGUCUCAGGUCACGUGUCCAAGUUCAUCAGGUUUCUGGUUGGCCGAGGAGUUGCCCUUAAAGACGUGACACUGAUUGGCCACAGUUUAGGGGCACACAUCUGCGGCCAGAUCGGGUUCAACUUUGACGGGGAAAUUGGCCAAAUCUACGGGCUCGAUCCUGCCAGAGCGUACUUCACCGUGCCCGUUGAUCGGGGAUUACAGUUCCGGCUGGACAGUACGGACGCGCAUUACGUCCAGAUGGUCAUAACUUCGCGAGGUGAAGGCGGAGUACUGUUCGGUGAUGGUCACGACAAUUUCUACCCCAACGGAGGAAACAAUCCACAACCAAACUGUGUGAUUCCGGUUGGAAGUGAUGCCGAGUUUGCACUUCAACUGUUUUGCAGCCACAUGCACUCUACAACACUGUUUCGGCUGUCGCUAAAUGCAUCGCUAUCCUUCGAAGGCAACCGGUGCAACAACUACGCCCGUUUCCUUCUUGGAUCGUGUGACUCUAAUGUGUCAAACAGGCUAGGGGUGUUCAAUAGCCGGGCAGGAGGAGACUUUUACUUUAGGACGCUACCCAGAGCGCCAUUCGCUCAAGCAGAAAAACUCAUCUUCGACUGCCACUUCUCGCUACACUUCCAGCUACUGAACCAACGUUCGUCCGCGUCGUCUCUCCGCUUCUCGCACCCGAAUUGA